AUGGAAUAUGUGGAAGUGGAGCUUGGAGAUGUAGAUAUCAUUCAAAGCACUGUCCAAAGUAUUCUUGAUUGUGUAGAAAAUGAAAAGAAUCAUUGCUACCAACUUCCACCAUCUAUUUACAUGGUGCCUUGGGUGUUUCGUGAACUCAACCCAAGUUCUUUCAACCCUAGAGCUGUCUGUAUUGGUCCUCUUCACAUAGAAGAUAAAAAACUGCAAGAAUUUGAAAGAUAUAAAGCUUCUUGUGUGCAUGAUUUAUUGCAUCGUUUAGAUACCCCAACAGAAGAGACAUUGCAAGCAUGUGUGUGUAAGGUAAAUGAUUUAAUAGACAGAAUCAGGGCAUGUUAUGCAAAAUGGUCGAUGGCCAUGGAAGUGAAAUUUAGUAGGUUUCCGUGGCUUUUUUGGUUUUGGGGUAAGCCUACUUUCAGAAUUCCUGUAUUACAACUUCAUGAUUACUCCGAGUUGCUUUUAAGGAACCUCGUGGCAUAUGAGCAGUCGUCUCUUAGUUAUAAUUUCGUUACAUCGUAUCUCAUAGCCAUGGAUAUGCUAGUCAAUACUCAAAGAGGUGUUGCCAUGUUGGUAAGAUCCAAAGUCCUUCUCAAGAAUUUCGGUUAA